UCCUCUAUUUGGUAAAACACAUGAUUACCAGAAAAACCAGGGCACCCACAUCCGACAACAGAAUCAUCAUUGGAGACCCAUAGUACAGCAGCCUCCCACAGUGCUGCAAGUAAAAGGAUAUCACCAUGAACACUGCAAACAUAACCAUCGUUCUGCUCACCCUCCUGGCAAUCUUCUCAGCAACUGAAGGGAAAAGACAGCCACGGGUUCUACGCUGCCUUUGCCCCAACGUGCAGACUGGUCGUAUUCCGUUCAGGAAUCUGAAGAGAGUGCUGCAUCUCCCUCCUCGACCGCACUGCUCAAAGACUGAAGUCAUUAUCACACUCAAAAAUGGACGUCAACUCUGCCUGGACCCAAAUGACCGCCCGGUGAAGAUUCUGGUGGCGAGAUCAACCAUAAGAAUGCAGGAAAGUAAACAUUCUAAAGAGGUUGGAAGCACUACUCAUACCCCGUAACACUUGUUAACAAAAUGGUGAAUGUGAUUCAACAACCUGUGUCUUGGACUGCCGGCCCAGCGCUCUCUUCUGAUACAAUUCAUUGCAUUGUAGGGGAUGUAUGUUUGCUCUGCGAAAGCUUUCACUAGACAACUUUCUUCUUAUGAGCGGAAGUGUACAAUGUAGCACAUUUUAUGUCUAUUGCUUGUUUUUAUUAUAUGUUUAUUACAUAUGUUAUAAUACAAAUAUGUUUAUUAUAUCUUUACCUGUGAAGGACCCAGGAAGGGUCAGAGGGAUGAGUCCUUAGAAGUAGGUAAAUGAAAAGAGUUCCUUAUAAGAGGACUUUUAGACCUUAGAUCAAAGUGUUUAUCCAUGUUAUAUUUAUGCUUUCACUUCAUUUCCAAGCAAGCAAAUAAAAGCAACAUAUUCAUAUUUGUUGACUGUAGUGGUAUAUUCAUGCUAUUUCUAUUGAACCUUUAUUUAACCAGUAAAAACCUGUUGAGACACAGUCUCUUUUUCAAGUUAGACCUGGUCAAGAAAGCAAGCAGUCAACACAACAUUACAAAAUGUAAAACAUAUAACACAAACAGCACACCAGCACCACACUUAUAUAAUGUUACAUUUUCAGUCAGAAUAUAAGCAUCAUACUAAAGAUAAUGGCAGUGUAGUGUAGUCUCAAAUGGAACAUAUUACAUUUAUGGUGCACUACACAAACAAUGAUUGGCUAAAAACAGGUCAAUGAUGGUAUUCCGCUGUGGCCUGCUCGCUCCGGGCGUAGAUCUAUAUCUUUGGUAUUUUCUCCGUGCCUCUUCUUUUUGGGGGUUCUUGGUUCUGGUCUGAUUCUGGAGCGGGAUAAGUGUAUAGGAGGAAGGGGGGUGGA